GCAUUUGCUUGCAAGAUGGUACCAUUUGUUCAAUCCACUGCUAUUGUAACUGAGAUUCUUACGAUGACCUGCAUUGCUGUGGAAAGACACCAGGGAAUUGUGCAUCCACUAAAAAUGAAGUGGCAGUACACCAAUAAAAGAGCUUUCACGAUGCUUGGCAUAGUCUGGUUGCUGGCACUUAUUGUUGGGUCACCUAUGUGGCAUGUGCAACGGCUUGAGGUUAAAUAUGACUUUCUGUAUGAAAAAGCGUAUGUUUGUUGCUUGGAAGAAUGGGCCAGUCCAAUUUAUCAGAAGAUAUAUACAACGUUUAUUCUUGUUAUACUCUUCCUUCUUCCACUGAUGUUGAUGCUUUUUUUGUACACUAAAAUUGGCUAUGAACUCUGGAUUAAGAAAAGAGUGGGAGAUGCUUCAGUUCUUCAAACCAUUCAUGGGAGUCAAAUGUCUAAAAUAUCAAGGAAGAAGAAGCGAGCAAUUGUUAUGAUGGUGACAGUGGUGUUUCUCUUUGCAGUCUGUUGGGCCCCUUUCCAUGUGAUUCACAUGAUGAUAGAAUACAGUAAUUUUGAAAAGGAGUACGAUGAUGUGACAGUCAAAAUGAUCUUUGCAAUCGUUCAGAUUAUAGGAUUCUUCAAUUCUAUUUGCAACCCUAUUGUAUAUGCUUUCAUGAAUGAAAACUUCAAGAAAAAUUUUUUGUCUGCCAUCUGCUUCUGCAUUGUCAAAGAAAACGCAUCACCAACCAGGCAACUUGGGAACUCAGGGAUUACAAUGAGGUGGCAAAAAGCAAAUGUUUCUCAAAGGGAUCCCACUGACUCGGAUGAAGCCAGAAAGGAGGCAUUCAGCGAUGGCAACAUUGAAGUCAAGUUCUGCGAUCAACCAGCGUCAAAGAGGAACUUGAAAAGGCACCUUGCCUUAUUCAGCUCUGAGCUUACUGUGCAUUCUGCAUUAGGAAAUGGACAGUAGCAUCACAAAGGUUUUGAGAAUGGAAAAAGCAUUCUCUUUGUAUGAUAACUUUCAAUAAUCCAUUUAAAAUAGUUUUCUACUUUGCAUGCUGAAAUGAGGGAGAAAUAUUUUGUGGAUUAUAGUGUUGGGAUAAUGGUUGAGCAAAUGUAAUAUAUUUUAUAAGGAUGAGGAGUAAAACUUUGGAAAAC